AGUCAUAAGUCGGACUCCGAGGAGCCAGGAAGUAACUGUGAGCCAUGCAGCUCAUGCGACGGAUAAAGUAGAGCGCGCGAGCGUCUGUUGUCAGCAGUCUGAGAUCACACGCGUGAGAGUGAGCAACAACAACUGCAAACUACUGCCAAUUUUUUUGCGCUGGUGCUCCGUGACCCCAGAGGAGAGACGAAACUCGGGGGAUAUUCAGUUUUUACAAGAACACAAAUAUAACACUAGCCCAUUGCAACACACUUCAUCAUAAGAAGAAAAAGACGGAAGGAAAUAAGUGCGGGACUGUGGAGUUUCGAGACAACGCUUCUCUCUUUGCAAGUUUAGACGAAGAAAAGCAACAAAAUUGAUCACAUCGCAUUCAGGAUGCCUCGGGUGGUCCCGGAUCAGAGGAGCAAGUUUGAAAACGAGGAGUUCUUUAGGAAACUCAGCCGCGAGUGCGAGAUUAAAUACACCGGUUUUCGAGACCGGCCGCAUGAGGAGAGACAAGCCCGCUUUCAGAACGCGUGCCGGGACGGCCGUUCAGAGAUAGCUUUUGUGGCGACCGGCACCAACCUCUCGCUGCAGUUCUUCCCAGCCAACCUUCAUGGCGACCAGCGGCAGGCACCCACCCGAGAAUAUGUGGACUUCGAGCGGGAGACAGGAAAGGUGUACCUGAAGGCUCCUAUGAUCCUGAAUGGAGUGUGUGUGAUCUGGAGAGGCUGGAUUGAUCUUCAGCGUCUGGAUGGGAUGGGCUGUCUGGAGUAUGAUGAUGAGAGGGCACAGCAUGAGGAUGCUCUGGCCCAGGCGGCCUUUGAGGAAGCCCGCAGGAGGACUCGUGAUUUUGAAGACAGGGAUCGUUCACACCGUGAAGACUUGGAGGUGAGAGUUGCCGACUCUGUGGCAUCAAAAAUCUGGGACUGAUGGCCUUCAAGAACCAGGCCCAGGCGACAGCAGGACCCCAGCCCUGGCUCCAACAUGGGCAACACUGACGAUCACAAGAUGCGCUAGCGGCAUUCACCAAAGUGGGAAGGGAUAGGGUCAUGAGACCUCCAUCACCACGGCAAUCUCAUCUCCAGAUACCUCGCUUAUCACAGGGCAGACCAAAGUCCACCGGUGGGGAUUUACGGGUGGGAUGUGUUUGGGAGGCGGGGGUAACGGUGAUCCCUCUUUUAGCCGGGUGA